GUGAGAGUUUCCUAAGAGAUCCUAACAGAGCUGAUAACUGCAGGUGCAUUGCUUUGAGGGGCGCGCGCUGUGAGUCUGUCAGAGAUGGGGCGCAUACGCCAGCAGCUGCAUUUGACGCUUACUGUUUGUAUUUUACUGUGGAGCUCCGCGGGAGCGCAGCGGGUCAGCAAGAUAACACCAUACGUUGGCAGCACCAAUGGUGGAACGAGACUGACCAUAGAGGGGGAAGGUUUUUCUCAAGCCAAUCAGUUCAGUUUCAAUGCAGAUGACCCAAAUGUUGGUAACAGUGUGACACUGGUGUCUCAGACGAGAUCUGUUCCUUGUGAUGUGGAAAGAGACUCCAGUCACUCCAAACAGAUCAUGUGCUAUACAAGAGCUCUCCCACAAGAUGACUAUGAGAUACGCGUCAGCGUAGACAGUGUGCCAAUUCCUUUAAGUCAAAUUUGUAAUGGCUGGAGAUGGUGGUAUUACUGUACAAUGCAUAGUAGAUGGUAUUAUUCCCCCAGCAUUCAAAGUAUUUGGCCACUGUCAGGUCUUCCAGGGACUGUGGUGACACUGCGAGGGAGAAUUUACACUGACGUGUAUGGAAGCAAUACAGACAAAAGUUCCAAUGGUCGGAAUACAAGAUUUGUGAGGGCAUACAUGGGUGGCAUGUCUUGUGAACUACUGAAACCCAGUUCAGAUGAAAAGUAUGGGCUAAAAUUGGACAGUGGGAGUGGUGACUGGGGAGACAUGAGUUGCAAAAUGACAGGAACUUAUGUUGGUCAUCAUAACCUCAGUUACAUUCUGGAUGGUGAAUAUGGGAGGAGUCUUCCAGACCUAGGAGUUUUCAGUGUCUCCGCAUUGAACAAAAUCGCCAUGUUCCAGACAUAUACAGAGGUGACAGGAGUUUCUCCAUCUGAGGGCAGUGUGUUGGGCGGUACCUUACUCACUAUUAAUGGACGCUACUUUGAUGAGACCGACCGCCCAGCUGUGGUUUUAGUAGGAGGUCAAGAGUGUCUGAUUCAAAGCAUAACAGAUGAGAAGGUACUUUGUUUGACUCCUGGUUAUGAAAGGACCAACAUGACAUUGUUUCCAGGUGGCAGAGGUUUAAAAAUGGAGAUGUGGAAUAACAGUAAUCCAAGCAAUCUAGCGGAUGUUCUCACCUAUAAUUCCAGCAGACCGGGUUAUUCUGUACAGUGGGUGGAUUCUCUGUCCUAUGUGUGGACCACUGCAAUCGAUUACUUUGUGGCUCGACUGAGUGGAUUCUUUGUUCCGACGGAGACAGACAAUUACUAUUUCCGAAUAAAAGCAGAUGAUAGGUGUACGCUGUAUUUCAGCAAGACAGGUCUUCCACAGGAUAAAGUCAAAAUUGCAAAUCAGCCUUAUUAUACAAACAGUUUCUUCUCCUAUGCCUCCCAAAAGUCAGAGGUCACGCGCUUAGAGAAGGGAAAACCGUACUACAUUGAAGUUUUAGUUCAGGAGUACGCUGUAGACGCGUCAAUAGACGUAGGUUUUUUCAAAGAGAUCAGCCCGUUCACAGCCCAGCAGACAACAGAAGCUGUUAAUGAGAGACAGAGGAUAAGCACCAGCUAUAAUGUUUUACCUGAGAAACAGGUGGUUAGUUUCAAGGGAUGGACACCAGUAAGCGCCGUCCAGGAGGUGCAGACUUUGAGAAUCAGCAGUGACUGCUUUCUUCUGAGCAUGUGUGAAAACACAUACUAUAUUCUGGCAUAUGGAAAUCAUACAACAGGGCCGAUUCCCAUCAGUGCAUCAGCGCUGGACUUGCAGAACUCUUUGAAUAAUUUGUGGACAAUAAAACCAGACACAGUUACAGUCACGAAGCAGGCACUGAGCACAGAAGCACUUUACAAUGUGACAUUUAACUCAAAAAGAGGUGACUUUGAGGAUCUUCAAUAUUUGACCAUGGGGUCAGAUGUAAACAUCACAGUUACUGAAGAAGUCAAAGGGAAGGCCAGUCUGGAGAAUUUCACACUGCUGUGGGGCGGCGUCCCAUCACCUCCUCUGACUUAUAAUGCAUCUGAGACUGAGGUGCUGGCUGCAUUAAAUGUGACGGUCUCCGCUAAAUGUCCAUCACAGAUUCCAACCACUGAGAACUCCAAUGUAAUUUUUUUCAGAGAUUAUGAAGAUGGUACACCAUUUUCAGGCAGGGGGGUCCGGGUCUCUGAUUCUGAAGCUUUCUGUGGCCGUUGGUCUCUGAGGAACCCAGGGGUUAUCUUUCAACACAAUGACUACACAGCAUCCGGAACAUACUACAAUCAAAUACCACUACAGACAUACAACACAUUCUGCUUGGCCUACAAAGGCCUUCUGAUGAAUCAACUUGAAGUGAUCGUCAGUUACCAGACAAGUGCAGGUGUUUACCAAGAGGCUACUACACGAAUCUCUGUGCAGUUUGACUCAACAGAUAAGUGGAACUACAAGUGUGUGGAUCUCCUGGAUUUCCUUCAGCAAAGAUUCGUAGGCUCCAACUUCAGACUCCUUCAGCUGAGUUUGUUUGAACAGAGCGCUAACUCUUAUUACUACAUAGAUACUGUUCACAUUGGACGGGCAAUAACUGCUUUGGACCCUAACGUUAUAAUGCUGGGUAGACGGCCACCUGCUCUCGCCAGCUCAGGUCGUUUCUUUUCAAGCUUUUCUGUGCGCAAACAAGCAACCGCUUCACAAGUCAGCUAUGAGAUCACAGCAUCACCGUACAAUUGUGGCUUUGGCAUCCCGUUGCUUGAAAUCGGCUUUCUUCAGAAGCUAGAAAACAGCACAGAGGACCUACUGAUUCAAAGCCAGGACAAUGCCACAGUCACCAUUACCCGCCCUCAGAAAGCCACCCCGCCACUUACUGGAACCUUCGAUGUGGAGAUCCUCGGUCGACGUGUUGAGGGUCUGCCAGUAGACAUCAGUGCUGGGGACCUGCAGUACGCACUACAGGGGAUUCCAGAGCUCGGCCAACUGGAUGUGCAGAGAUCUGGAGAUUGUAGAAGUUACAGAUGGAACAUUCGCUGGCUCACCAUCCCUGGAAACCAGCCACUGAUCAAGAUUAAUUCCUCUGCCGUGGUCGGCUUGAACCCUUCAGUGACGUCAUAUAAGAUCGAGCAAGGAGGUCUCUUCAAACAGAGAAUUAUGGGAGACUUUUUGCGCAUCCCAUCAGAUAAACCACAGGUGGAGGUCUUCAUCAACGGCAUCCCAUCAUGGUGUUCAGGUGAUUGUAGUUUCACAUGGAGUGAGUCUAAGACCCCAACACUGACUGGAGUUUCUCCCACAGAAGGUUCCAGUGGUUUGGCAACUGUUCUCAACAUAACCGGAUCUGGAUUUGAUGGUGGCAAUGUCACAGUAAAGACUGGUGAUGUGGAAUGCUCUGUCCAAGAGGUCACCAACACCUAUAUAACCUGCAGAGUUGGUCCAGCGAGUGCUGGCAUCCAACCAGUGUCUCUGAGUUUCUCUGGCCUGGGCAAUGCCCGAUACCAGAACGGCACCAGUUUUAACUUCACACACCUGUUAGGAGUGACCUCCAUAUACCCCACCACAGGAAGUACAGCAGGAGGGGCGAUUCUGACUGUGUUUGGUUGUGGAUUCAGUAUUAAUACAGCUGUCACCAUUGGCACCAAGCCGUGUAAUGUUAUUGAAGCAGAAUUUACCCAGCUGAGAUGCAGAGUUCCUGCUGGGUCAGCAGGUCAACAGACUGUAACAGUGACCACGGGAGAGAUGUCAGCAACAUCAGAUGAAUCCUUCACAUACAACAACACUCUGAUGGCCACCAUCACUGCUGUCAGCCCCCACACUACAACAGUAUUCGGGUUCAGGAAUCUCACCAUUCUGGGCUCAAAUUUUGAAGAGCGGGUCAAUGGCAGCUCUGUUCUGGUUGGUGAGACUGAGUGUGAAUUGUUACAGUGGACCAAUGAAAACAUUACCUGCAUGUUGCCCAAACUCACUCCAGCUGUAUACGACAUCCACGUGAGAGUCGGGAACCAGGGAUAUGCCAUAACCAGUGCUGGUGUUAAUACCACUAUAGAGGUUGUUCUGAAGGUGACAGGCUUCUCUCCACCGAUGGGCUCUUUGUAUGGAGGAACCACCAUCACCAUCAGAGGCUCUGGGUUCAGCUCGGUCCCAUCAGACAACAAUGUGACUCUGGGAGACACACAAUGCAGGGUAACAGAAGCUUCAGACAGACAACUGACAUGUGUAACCCAGCCAACCGAAAAAACAUACACCGUGACAAAUCAAGGUUUCCACACGGUGUACGGUCAGGGUUACACCUGGAGCCCGUCUGCACUUAUAGUCUCAGUUGGGGACACAGUGGUUUGGAGCUGGGAGGCACUGGCUUUUGUCUCUGAUCUGGGCUACAGGGUCUUCAGUGUGUCCAGUCCCAGCAGUAUUGAUUAUGAUGGCAUUGCAUUCAAAAGUGGAGACACCAAAACUGCCAGAGGGUUUUUCAGCUAUCGUUUCACAUCUCCUGGAGUUUAUUACUAUAGUAGCGGCUUCAUUGACUCCAGUAACCAGAAGACGAUGCAGGGCGUAGUGACCGUCAGACCUUUGGAGGAGAGACCUGUUGGGCUUCAGGUGUCUGUAGCUGGAAUACAGGCCUCUGUGAAUUUAGUUUCAAGGCAAGCGAGGUCACCUGGGUCACAGUGUGUGGCCACUCCCGACUGUCAAAUGGGGGUUUCUUAUGACCCCUCUACAGGUCGGUACUUCACAUUUAUCUCCUGUGCCACUCCUACUGUAAAUAACAUUACUCCUCACCACGGCACCACCCAUGACAUCAUCACCAUCCAGGGAUCUCGCUUUAGCAGUAUCUCCUGUGCAAAUGAGGUCGAUGUUGGAGGUCAUCCAUGUCAUAUCAUCAGCUGCACUUCAACUCAGAUUAACUGUAAACUCAGUCCUGACAGCGGCGCUCCAGUGGGCACACCCUUACCCAUAAACGUCCGGGUCAACAACGUGGGUACAGCCAUCAUGACAAUGCCGAACGAGAACGACCGCAGAUUUGUGGUUCUACCUGUGGUUGAUUCUGUCUCUCCCUCUGUGGGCAGCACGACCGGCUACACACGUCUCUUCAUCUCUGGCUCUGGUUUUGUGAACGCAUCUGUGAUGGUAGCAAAUGUUCAAUGUAAUGUAGUUUCCAUGAACUACUCACAAAUAGUGUGAGACACCUCACCGUCUUCGGCCCGCAGGGGAAACGUUGUGGUUUAUGUAAACACCAUCUCUUCCUCUUGCAGUUCUGAGUGCAUGUUUGAAUAUUCUCAGUCUGUUACACCAGUUGUCUCCAGCGUGUCACCUGACUCUGUUACUGGAAACUCUACUACUGUUGUGGUCACUGGCAGUGGCUUUGGGAACAAUAAAGCCGAUCUAAGGGUAUCUGCUGAUGACAUAAUACUGGAAGUCACAGGGGUUACAGAUGACAACAUCACACUUUUGGUCGGUGCUCUGCCUGCUGGGGGACAUGCCCUACGAGUGGAGGUGAUGAGUAAAGGUCUCGCCACAGGACUCUUGACCCUGACCAGCACACCACAGGCCACCAUCCAACCAACAUCAGGAAGCAUUGCUGGAGGAACUCCACUCUUGAUCGAAGGAAAUGGCUUUGUGGAAGAUAAUACCACUGUGAUGCUUGAUGGCAUCCGUUGCCAGAUAUUAGAAGUGACCCCAGACAGAGUGAAAUGUUUAACACCUCCUCAUGCAGAGGGAGAAGUGCGGGUGGAUAUUUGGGUGUAUGGUGUUGAGUACCCACAACUACAUUUCAAUUACACCAUCACACAAACUCCAAAUAUCACCUCAGUGAGCCCUGGAACAGGUCCUGUUGGAACACAGAUCAGCAUCUCUGGUUCAGGCUUUGGCACAGACGCAGCGCUCGUCUCAGUGAACAUUGAUGCUGUGGGUUGUAAUGUGACAUCCAUCACAGAUAUACAGCUGAUGUGCACUGUUGGUGAACACGCAGGAGGAACGUUUCCGGUUAGGUUAUAUCAUCAGGUCAAAGGUCAUGCCUUAUCUCAGUCUGUCUUCAGCUAUGAGCUGCUGCUGACACGGGUCACACCAAAUGAAGGAAGCUAUGCUGGAGGAGCUGUUGUUGCCAUUCAAGGCUCUGGAUUCGACCCAAACACCACCAGAGUUCUCAUCUGUGACAGAGAAUGUAACGUGGACCUGCAGAACUCCACAUCUAACCAACUGUACUGUGAGGUCCCGUACAACAAUGGGAAUGAAACCGAGCAGGUCUGCAUGGUUUCAGUGAUGAAUGGAAAUGAUACAGUCAGCAUCACAGCCGGCUACACAUACAGAUCCUCUUUAACCCCUGUGAUCACUGAUGUCACACCACGCAGGGGAGGAACAGCUGGAGGAACCAGACUCACUAUUACAGGCUCAGGUUUUCGUGCAAACACCAGUGAAGUUACUGUGACUAUUGCGGGAUCUGUCUGCGACGUCCAGUCAGCCAAUGAGACACAGAUUAUUUGUGUGACCAACGAUCAACCAAAAUCCCAGGAAACUAAAGUGCGAGUCCUGAUAGGAAACAGAGGAAUCGCCAGAAUGGACCGUGCUGAUUUCUUCUACAUUGACGUGUGGUCAUCUCCCUAUACGUGGGGUGGUCUCUCUCCUCCUGAGAAGGGCACAUUUGCUGUAAUCACUGCUGGUCAGACCAUCCUGUUGGACACCAGCACCCCUGUCCUAAAGAUGCUCCUAAUCCAGGGCGGGCGGCUGAUUUUUGACGAGGCAGAUAUUGAGCUACAGGCGGAGAACAUUCUGAUCAAAGAUGGUGGAGCUUUACAGAUAGGCACAGAGCAGCAGCCCUUCCAGCAUAAAGCCAUCAUCACACUGCACGGACACCUGCGGUCUAAAGAACUUCCUGUCUAUGGUGCCAAGACCCUGGCUGUCAGAGAGGGAGUGCUGGAUCUGCAUGGAAUCCCAGUACCUGUAACAUGGACUCGUCUUUCUCAGACUGCACAAAGUGUCUCCAGCACUCUGACACUGAUGGAUGCCGUCACCUGGAAGGCUGGAGAUGAAAUUGUCAUUGCUUCCACAGGGCACAGACACAGCCAGAGAGAGAAUGAGUUGAGGAGAAUUGCUUCAGUUUCAGAUGACGGCAGGACCCUCAAUCUGACCGAACCCCUCACCUACACUCAUCUGGGUGUGUCCGUCAAUCUGCCUGAUGGGACUGCUUUUCAAGCAAGAGCAGAGGUGGGACUUCUUACCAGAAACAUUGUUAUCCGUGGAUCCAACAACCAGGAGUGGAAUGAUCAGAUACCAGCAUGCCCUGCCGGAUUCAACACAGGGGAAUUUGCAGUCCAGACAUGUUUCCAGGGGAGGUUUGGAGAGGAAGUAGGAAGUGAUGAGUUUGGUGGCUGCAUCAUGUUCCAUCCACCACAACCAAACCAAAACCUGUCAAUUGGAAGAAUUGAAUACGUUGAGAUUUUUCAUGCUGGACAGGCGUUCCGUCUGGGACGCUACCCAAUCCACUGGCAUCUAAUGGGAAAUGUUCAGUACAAGUCGUAUGUGCGUGGCUGUGCCAUUCAUCAAUCUUAUAACCGUGCUGUUACUAUCCACAACACUCACAACCUGCUGGUGGAGCACAACGUCAUCUACGACAUUAAGGGUGGAGCCUUCUUUAUUGAAGAUGGCAUUGAGACAGGAAACAUCUUGCAGUAUAAUCUGGCAGUAUUUGUAAGACAGAGCACAAGUUUGCUAAAUGAUGACGUGACUCCAGCUGCAUACUGGGUAACAAACCCAAAUAACAUCAUUAGACACAAUGCUGCAGCCGGUGGAAGUCACUUCGGUUUCUGGUACCGCAUGAACAAUAACCCUGAUGGCCCAUCCUAUGAUGCCAACAUCUGUCAGAAGAGAGUACCACUUGGGCAGUUCUUCAACAAUACUGUGCAUUCACAGGGCUGGUUUGGCUUGUGGAUCUUCCAAGAGUAUUUCCCCGUGCGUAAUGGUCUCUGUAACUCCGUAACGCCGGCACCAGCUGUCUUCCGUCGCCUGACGUCCUGGAACAAUGAGAAAGGAGCUGAGUGGGUGAAUGUUGGAGCUGUGCAGUUCAGUGAGUUCCUCAUGGUCAAUAAUGAGAAAGCAGGAGUGGAGGCCAAGAGGAUCAUUCGGACCUAUGUCAGUGGAUGGGGGCUGGAAGCAGGUGCAGCUGUGGUAAAUAGCACAAUAGUGGGUCACGUAGACGAGCUGGGACUGGGAAAUGAUUACUGCACCACUCAUGGUGUUGUUCUCCCUCUGGAUGAUGGCAUGAGUGUCAUAAACACCAAGUUUAUGAGCUUCAACCGCUCAUCGUGUGCAGCUGUCGGGGUGGCAGAAGUCAUUGGAACCUGCACGUUCCGCUGUGGAGGCUGGAGCGCCAGAUUCAGUGGAAUCCAAUACUAUCAAUCACCCAACAAGGCCAGAUUCAGAUGGGAGCACGAGGUGGCGCUCAUAGAUACUGAUGGAUCCCUGACAGGUAACAUGAACUCCAAGGUGGUGCCGAUGAGUAACCUACUCGACCCAAGUCACUGUACUCAAGCAGUUGAUUGGAGUGUUGGCGUCCCUGGAGCUGUAUGUGACAACACCACUAACUUCCACCGGCUGAUUUUUUACAAUUCUGCGCCAUCUUCACUUUGGGCUAACAAUGUGAUUCUCACCAACUCUAUUGGGUCGUGUGUGCUACCUUUCCUUCAAAAGAUGGUGACUCACACAAAUGGCUGGAUGGCGAUGGUGCCUACAAGCCAAACCUACAACUGGCAGUUUGAGCGUGGUUCCCAAAUCACCAACAUCUCAUAUAAUGCAAUGAUCUAUGGCUUUAAGCCAGAGAAUUUUGUAAUUCUGAAUCACAACCUUACUCAAACACCCGACCAGUUCCAAAUUAUAGAUAAACGAAAUGGUUCCUCUCAACCCCUAAACCCUGCUGUGAAUGUAAAUGGGGACUGGUACUUCAACCAGUCUACAAACAAUCUCUAUUACAUGGUGUCUGGAAGAGACCGUCUAGCUAACCGGAUGAGAAGGAACAGUGUGGACCGGUCGCUUAAAGACAGAUUAGUCAGCUUCAAUGUGUAUCAGUGUUACUAUCCCAGGUGUAUCACACCAACACAACCUCCACCAGCUACUUUAGCUCCAACGCCCAGCCGAAGACCUGCAAACUUCAUUCUCUGGUCAAAUGCGUCAUUCUGGAGGUCAAGCCCAGAAAACAACUUCACCGUACCACAAACAGGCUCUGAUGUGGUCAUUCCAACAGAGAAAUGGGUGGUUGUAGAUGUUGUAAUACCUACACUGAACAAGCUGAAAAUAGUUGGAGUUCUAGAGAUUCCCGAUACAAACAACGGCACCGUCAGUGGCUCACAAUAUAACAAUAUCGUUUUGCCUGCCACAUACAUCUCCAUUCAGGGUGGACGUCUAAUCGCUGGAUGGGCUGAUCAGCCCUUCAGAGGUGAACUACAGAUCAUACUGAAAGGAAACCAUCGCACACCAGAUUGGCUGUUGUCUGACAUAAACCAAGGGUCUAAAGUGAUGGGUGUGUUUGGAUCUCUUGAUCUGUAUGGCAUGCCACACAAUGUGUAUCACACUAAACUGACUAGAACAGUCCAGGCAGGAAACAACACGCUCUUUCUGGAGGAAGCUGUUGACUGGAAGGUUGGAGAUAAGAUUCUGCUAUCCACCACCAGUUAUGACCCAUGGCAAACAGAAAUCCGCACCAUAACUGGAGUCUCAGAUCUCGACCGCACACUGACCCUGGACCGGCCUGUAACAUACACACACAUCGGACAAAGGUACAGUGUGCCAGGAUCUUCUAGAAGCUAUCAGCUUGCUGGAAAUGUGGCUCUUCUGACCAGGAACAUCAAGAUCAUUGGACAGGAAUAUCCAGAAAUGAACACACAGUCUUAUGGAGCAAGAGUGCUGGUGGGAACCUUCACAGAAAGAAGAAUAACAUACAGAGGAAGAGCCCAGAUCAGAAACGUUGAGUUCUACCACACAGGACAGGAGGGAUGGAACGACCCGUCAGAACCGCGCUACUCUCUGGCAUUUUUGAACCUGGGAAAUGUGGCUGUUGAGUCCUACAUCAAGGGAUGUGCUUUUCAUGAUGGCUUCGCUCCUGCUAUUGGGGUGUUCGGAACAGAUGGACUGAAUAUCGAUGACAACGUGAUUCAUCACACUGUUGGAGAAGGAAUCAGAAUAUGGGGUGAUAACAUUGCUGCCCGCAGAAAUCUGGUUACUCUGACACUGUGGCCCGGAUCCUACAAUGGAGCAGCGGAGACUUUUAACAUUGAAUGGAAUGCAGCCAUUGAGGUAAAUGAAGCAACCAACGUGAUUCUUCAAGGGAAUAUUGUUGCUGGCUAUGAACGAGUGGGAUUCAGAAUUGAUGGAGAACCUUGUCCAGGAUCUCCACGUUUAACGUCACAAUGGAGUGAGAAUGAAGCACAUGGUGGUCUGUAUGGAGUUUACAUGAAUAAAGACGGACUUGUUGGUUGCUCACAAAUCCAGGGUUUCACCGUCUGGAGGAGUUUUGAUUUUGGCAUUUAUGUUCAAGUCUCCAUGAAUGUGUUCAUUUCUAACGUGACCCUUGUUGAUAAUGGAAUGGGCAUCAUGCCUAUUAUCUACAGACCUCCAUCUGUCAGCCACGAGUACGCAGAUAAAACCGUUAGUGUACAGGGGUCUCUGAUUGUAGGCAGCAGCCCCAAUUUCAACUGUUUGGACACACUGGCAACAACUGAGACCUAUGUUUCACUCAGUGAAAGCCACAGAGCACCACGACCCCCUAAAGGUGGCAGGUCUGGAGUUUGCUGGCCGACGUUUGCAUCUAGCCACAACAACGCACCACAGAAACCUCAUCCUGGACUCAUGAGCUACAACGCCAUAGCUGGUUUGCUGACAGUCUCCGAGACAACAUUUGUUGGCUUCAAGAAUGUGUGUUCCACUGAAAGAAACUACAUGUUCAUGAGCAACCCACGAAAUGAGGAUUUACAACAUCCAAUCAGUGUUGAGAGAAUCACCAAGAUAGACAGCACAGAAGAAUCUCUAGCAUUCAUUCAUAACCCUGAUCUGAGUAAAGUGAACCCAUCAGACUGUGUGGACAUGGACUGUGAUGCUAAGAAGAAGACCAUGUUGAAGGAUCUGGAUGGAAGUUUUCUGGGUGCAGUCGGAGCAGUGGUGCCCUAUUCAGAGUACGAGUGGAACGGGGAUGCGCGACAUGGACUGGGCGAUUACCGCAUCCCUAAAGUCAUGCUCACUGCUCUCAACGGCAGCCGCAUACCUGUCAAUCAAAUAGCUCCUAAUAAAGGUGUGAUCAGAGACUCGUGUACUUACAUGAGCACCUGGCAGAGCUACAAGUGCUUUGGACUGAAUUAUCAGAUGCUGGUCAUUGAAAGUCUAGACGCAGAUACAGAGACAAGACGUCUUUCACCUGUGGCCAUCCUGGGGGACACAUAUGUAGAUCUGCUGAAUGGUCCACAAGACCACGGCUGGUGCACAGGCUACGCCUGUAGGAGAAGAGUCUCUCUCUUUCAUGCCAUUGUGGCCACCAAUAAAUCCUUUGAUAUCUUUUUCACCAGCACAACACCACAGAAGAUGAGACUUAUGAUGCUCGAUGCUAAACCUACAGAGGCUGUUAGGGUGGCUGUAUUUUACUCAAGCCCUCAGCGGUUAGACGUCUAUGUAAACAACAAACUUGUUGCUCCAACUAACGCUCAGUGGAAUGCAGGCAACACUGAAUACACAGCACUUGAGCCCACAUAUCCAGGUCAAUAUCUUCCAAGUUUUAACUCUGAUCAUGGCUCAAACUUCUUUGAACCAGACUACAAAAUGCUGUAUAUACUUCUUCGAGGCUCAGAGCCGCUCCAGAUCCGCACCUCGCCACUUCUUGUCGUGGCCUUUAACCUCCCAGCCAUGACCGAAGCAGAGUUCUUCGGAGCUAAUCUGAUCAGAAAUCUGGCUGCAUUCCUCAAAGUACCACAGAACAUGAUUCGAAUCACCAAGAUCGUCCGUGCGGGCGGUGGUGCACGAAGACGGCGCUCUACUGGACUGACGGUGGAGAUUGAGAUCAGUCUGCCACCCGUCCAGACGUUUAGCACCAACACCACAAACAACUUGAACAGCACCGACAGCACCAACAACACCACCGGCACCACUGAAGACGACCAGCAGUUUUUGAUUCUGAAGAACGUCGCUGAUGAACUUGGUCGUGCUGCCGUCUCAGGGAAUCUGAGUCAGUCCAUCGGCUUCAACGUGUCGUCACUGGAGAUGAUCCCUCCUCCGCCCUCUUCCAGUGACCCGUCCUGGAGUCAGGCGGCCACUCAGGAAGUGACUCGUGCAGACCAGCAGAUGGAGUCGGUCAGGACGGUGUCUUCUCUGGUAAUGGUGGUCCAGCCGGUGGCUGCGUUGUACCCUGGACCCCUCAGCGUGCAGCCCAGCAUCAUGGCUUUGGAUUCAGAGGGUACCUGUGUGUCUGUGGGUGUGACGAGUCUAACAAUCUCAGCUGUGCUCAAAGAUGCGAAUGGGAAUCCAGCGCAGGGACUUUCUGGAAACACCACCAUCCUGUUCAGUGGCUGCUGGGCAAAUUACACCGACCUCUCCAUCUUAACCAGCGGUGGAAACUUCACGUUAGCAUUUACUCUGAAUGAAUGGAAUGCUCAGUCUAGAUCCUUUACUGUCAGAGCGGUUACGACUCCUUCAGGACAUCCAGCUACGACUCCGGGCCCUGUGGUUGUCCCCACGGAUGACGACUCUUCAAGCAUCUUUGACUCUAGUCCAUCCAUCUCAUCAACAUCUGUGUGUCUGCUCAUGCUGUUAACUGCUCUACUCCUCCUGUUAAGAAAAACCUAGUAACAACUCAAACCAACGUAAAAACUACAAUGUACCCUCUCUGUUCUCCCUUAAAAAUUCAUAAUAAUUACUUAUUUUUGUUGAUUUUUUAUAAUUAUGAUAUCAUGAUUUCUAAGCUAUACCUCUUAAGUCUGAGAGCAUUCUAUAAUGAUUAAACAUUUCUCUUUUUUUGACAAAAGUUGAUUUAAUAUGUUUUCAACUUGAAUAUAUAUAUAUAUAUAUAUAUAUACACACACACUUUCUUUAUAAUUAUAUAUUUGUUUGUAUGUAUC